AUGUCAAUCGGCAGCACACACUCGAGCGACGACCUUGAUGCUUAUGCUCAGGAGAAUCGGCUUCAGAGUAUCCUUCAGCGCCAGCUAGACGGAUUACCUACCACACCUUCUGCAAAUGGCACAGUGUUCGACUAUGUGGGAAAGUUAGACCUGCUCCUGAUUGCAAUCAGUACUUUUGCGGCCAUAGUCGCUGGGGCACUCAACCCCCUACUCACUGUUGUCUACGGUCUUGUGGUUAGGUCUUUUCAGAAGCAUGCGAACGGCGCCGAUGAUGGCGCAAAUCUCUCCUCCAAUGUGUCGAAGCUCGCGCUGUACAACGUCUAUCUUGGGCUGGCCGAGUUCGUCCUCAUCUACAUCGCAACAGUAGGCUUCUACCAUACAGGCGAGCGCAUCACCAGAAAUUUGCGUCGUGUAUACUUGAGGGCGAUCAUCCGGCAGAAUAUUGCCUUCUUCGACACGCUGAGUCCCGGGGAGUUCACGGCACGUAUCACUUCGGACAUGAACAUCAUUCAGGAAGGUAUUACUAGCAAGAUUUCAACCUUCUUGACGGCCUUGGCUACUUUUGCCUCGGCUGUUGUGAUUGCGUUCUUUGAGUACUGGAAACUAGCUUUGAUGCUGAUCUCAACUUCCCUCUUUAUUGGCGGGGCUGAAUUUCUGGGGGCUAUGUAUGCUCUGAAAUUCAGUCGACGGAGCUCAGCGGCUCUGAAUCAAGGAGCUUCCAUCGUAGAGGAAACCACCAGCUCUAUCCGACAUGUUGCUGCGUAUGGAAUCCAGAGUGCCAUGCGUGAGCGAUAUCUGAAGCAUCUUGACUUGGGCGAGACUUGGGGGCUCAAAGCACGAUUGUCGGUAACGUUCAUGAUCGGCACCAUGAACUCCGUACCGUAUCUCAGCUACGCUUUGGCCUUUUGGCAAGGGUCCCGCUACGUUGUCACUGGGGAGAUGAGCGGGUCAGCCGUGGUCACAACGACUAUGGCCAUCAUUAUCGCUUCCUUCGCUGUUGGCAGGGUGGCACCCAGUGCCGAGUCAAUGGUCAAAAGUGUAGUACAUGCCGGAGUUAUCAUAAAAGCUAUUGCUCGCCAAUCUCCCCUUGAUCCACUGACAACGGAGGGACGAACUCUAUCAGACGUACACGGUGAAGUUGAUUUUCAUGAUAUCAGCUUGGUAUAUCCAUCACGGCAGUCUGUGCAGGUUCUCGAUCAGGUAUCUCUGCACUUCCCAGCUAACAAGUCAACGGCUCUAGUCGGAGCAUCUGGUUGCGGGAAGAGUAGCAUAGUCGGGCUUUUGGAACGGUUCUAUGAGCCGACUGGUGGUUAUAUCACAUUGGAUGGUGUGGACAUUGCACACCUCAACCUACGUUGGCUGCGACAGCAAAUGUCAUAUGUUGUGCAGGAGCCGGUUCUGUUCAACAGAAGCAUCUUCGACAAUAUCCUCUUGGGACUUAACGAUCUGGAUCAACAUAGAACCAUGCUUGAGGCGAGAGAGCUGGUGCAUGCCGCGGCGAAAAUUGCCCAUGCCCAUGACUUCAUCAUGGCUUUGCCGCAAGGGUAUCACACUGCAGUGGGUACGAAGGGUCUGCAAUUGUCUGGCGGCCAGCGGCAACGCAUAUGUAUUGCAAGAGCGGUCAUCAGCAAUCCUAAGAUCCUAUUGCUGGAUGAGGCUACAUCUGCCCUUGACUCGAAGUCCGAAAAGGCAGUUCAGCUGGCUUUGGACUCAGCUGCCAAAAAUCGAACAACAAUUGUCAUUGCUCACAGGUUGUCGACUAUACGAAAUGCUGACAACAUCAUUGUCAUCGAUAAGGGAAUUGUUCUUGAACAAGGAACGCAUGAAGAUUUAAUGGCCCUAAAAGGUGUCUAUGCACAACUCGUCAAGGCGCAGCAAAUUGACAGUGCUACGGAAGGUGAGACAAUUGGGCUUCUAUCUAGUACUGAAGAUGGUAUAUCGAGCGAUGGCAAGGCUGGGCCCUUUGAGGUGUCAGAAACAGUCAACUCUCAUCACGACAACUAUCUCGCCAAGAAUCAUGGACGACUUCAUGACUCCAGACCUUCAUUCAGAACCUACUUUCGAGUGGUGCGCAAACUCAACAGAGAAGAGGCUGCAAUAGUACUCAUUGGACUUCUACUCUGCAUUCUUACGGGAUUCGUGGUUCCAACGCAAGCUGUUUUCUUCGCUGAAUCGAUCAGUGCUAUCACUCUUGACUCUACGAGAUAUAGCAAGCUUCGCCAUGAUAUCAACUUUUGGUCCUUGCUUUUUGUGAUCCUUUCGAUCUUUGCCUUCAUCACAUGGAUAAGCCAAGGCAUCUGCUUUUCCCGGUCCACAGAACGACUCACACACAAAACCCGAGACCAGACAUUCCAGUCCAUCAUCCGUCAAGACAUCGCGUUCUUUGACGAAAAGAAGAACUCCCCUGGAGCCCUGACGUCUUUCGUCUCGACUAUAGCCACUGACAUUACCGGUCUGAGCGGGCCAAUCAUCGGUUCCAGCCUCACCUUCAUCGCAGCCCUGGGCAUAGGCAUCACUGUCUCUCUCAUCGCGGGCUGGAAGCUCGCUCUCGUCUGCAUGGCCACGAUCCCCAUAGUGGCAGGAUGCGGCUACGUGCGCCUCCGCGUACUCGCGCUGUUCGACCAACGCGUCCGUAAAACGCACGAAGAGGCCGCUAUCUACGCGACCGAGAUCAUAACGACGAUCCGAUCGGUCGCUUCCCUCACUCUUGAGGAGUAUUUCCUCGACGAGUACACGGCCAUCCUCUCCCGCUCAGCCGCUCAGUCCAUGCGAUCGAUCUUGAAAGCGUCGGCCCUGUACGCCGCGUCCCAUUCAUUCACCUUCUUCUGCGGCGCCCUCGCCUUCUGGUACGGCGGCACUCUGCUCGCCAAGGACGAGUACACCAUCCUCCAAUUCUACAUCUGCUUCGGCGCUCUGAUCUCGGGCGCUCAAAUCGCCGGCGCGGUGGUAUCCUACGCGCCCGACAUGAGCAAAGCGCUGCACGCGGGCCAGGAAAUUGACAGGCUGCUCGACCGUGUCCCGGCAAUCAACACUUGCGAGCACGAACCACAUCCCAUUCCCACAAACCACCACGGCGCCAUCGAAUUCCAAAACGUCACCUUCCACUACCCCUCCCGGCCCUCCCACCCCGUCCUCCAGAACUUCACCCUCACCAUCCAGCUCGGCCAAUUCAUCGCGCUCGUCGGACCCAGCGGCUCCAGCAAAACCACCGUCCUUCAGCUCCUGGAGCGGUUCUAUACCCCUACCGCCGGCCAAAUCCUGUUGUAUGGCGUCGAUAUCUCGCAGCUGGAUGUCGCCAAAUACCGCAAGACCUUCUCGCUGGUCAGCCAAGAACCCGUCCUGUACGACGGAACCAUCCGCGAGAACCUCCUCCUCUGCGGCACAGACCCGGCCGACCGCCCGCUCGACGACGAGGCUUUGUUGCAGGUGUGCAAGGAAGCGAAUCUUUAUGAUUUUGUCCUCUCACUUCCCUCCGGCCUCGACACCCGCCUCGGCACAGCAGGGACCAUGCUCAGCGGCGGCCAGAGACAGCGUCUGGCGCUCGCGCGGGCCCUGCUGCGGGCCGACAGUCCCGUGCUGCUCCUGGACGAGGCGACGUCGGCGCUGGACGGCGCGUCGGAGCGCGUGGUCCAGGAGGCGCUGGAUCGAGCGGCGGUCCGCAAGACGACGGUGGCGGUCGCGCAUCGGCUGCGGACGGUGCAGCGCGCGGAUCUGAUUGUUGUGAUGGAGCGGGGAAGGGUGGUCGAGCAGGGGAGUCAUGGGGAGUUGAUGGCCAGGAGGGGGGUCUAUGCGGAGUUGGUGGGGAUGCAGCGGUUCGAGGGGGUUUAG